CUUUGUUCAGUUUUUUUCUAUUCAUUCAGUUCCGGUGCCUUGCGCGCAGCAUAUUUUAUAAAAUUUUUUUCCAUUUUUCCUCAAAGCUAACAAAAGAAGAAUGGCCAAUUUUUUAAAGACAGAGGAUCAGGUGAAGAUCAGUGAGAUAGUCGAAAAAUUGGUCAAGCAAAAUUCCAAACGCUAUACCAACGAUGAUGGCUACUUCGAUAUACCGUGCUGUUCGCGUGACAUAUUGAUCAAUUGCCCGGAAUUGUCGGGCAUUCAGGCCAAUCCAGUUUUCGAGUCAAUGGUUCCUCGAGCCGGAUCCCUAUACACCUACCGCGCCGGUCAACUCCUGACUAUCGGUCGUCGUGUGGCCCACCGCAUGGUGGAUUCGAGUGGCCAGCGGGAGAUGAUGCACAACCGCCACCAACUGGACGAACGCCUCCGAUCCGCUGGAAUCUAUCACAAUCGCCUGGGCCAACCCUGCGGUAUUGCUCCUCCGGAAUUGGAGGAGGGUGGACGUGGUGACACCGAUCCCGGCAAGAGCAACUCAUCUAUGGGAUCCACUGCUUAAACGACCUAUUACUAGUUUUAACCUUGUAUCCGGAAAAAACACUGAAGAAAUACUUUAUUAUACUUUGCGUUGAGAGGCAACAUCUUCAUUUAAUAUGAUUAAAAUCUUUGGACUCUAAAACUUCUGUUGGUUUGGAUUUGGUUACGUUAUAACAAAUAAAAUGCCAUGUGUAAUUAUUCUUUCA